UCCACCCACUUCUCGCCCUCACAGCCAGAUCUAAAGACAUGCCUCAUUCACUCCUGCUGCACAGGUUGUGAGGGAGAGGAAACAGAGAAGGAGUGAGAGAGGGAGAACCAGAGAGGUAGAGGAGACUAUUAGCAACUGCUGGAGAGGGAAAGAGGACAGGAGGUGACAAAGAGAGUCUGUACAGUUUGGUGUUUUUUGCUAAGAGAAGAAGAGGGAAUUCAGGAGUGAGACAGGAGAAGGAAGACAAGUCUUCAGGAGUGGGACUACCCAACAGUGGGAGGUUCCUCCAGGAAGUUUAUAGUGAUCUUCGGCAGCAACCCCCUUCCUCUCAGCUGGGAGUCAGACCCCCAGGAUCCAGAGCCAUGGAGCCCUCCGUGUCGACCGAGGUCGAGGGGGAGUGCAAGGAGAGGAAGAAGAUCCAAUUUGCUGUUCCGGCCUCCGCGCCCACCAACCUGGACCCUCGGCAAGUGGAGAUGAUCCGGCGCAGGAGGCCCACACCUGCUACGCUGUUUAGAGUAGCUGACCAAACAUCUCCUGAAGAUGAUCAGUCAACCCAUCAGUGGGUUGUAGGAGAGAACGGAGUGCUCAAACCAAAACGUGUCAACCCAAACGUGUACCAGCCUCCAUCACUCAAAGCUGUGCAGAAGAUGGCUGAAGCACACAUGCAGAACCUAGGUGUCUACCCUCCUUUGGAAGACCCUUGUGAAGGGGAGGAGGAUGAGGACCACAGUCAGGGAGAGGAGGGAGAGGACACAUCUCCCACCAAAGCUGCUGAUCACCACGAGACAGCCACCACCGACCAAUCAGACAAGCUUUCCAGCGUGAGGGAGACGGCCAAGCAGAUCCAAGCGGCGCAGGAGGAAGAGGAGGAGGAGGAGGAGGAAGAGGGGGAGGACAAAAUCCAGGAAACGACAGAGGAGAACAAUCGGGGGAGUAACUGAGAGAAAGAGAGAGAGAGAGUGAAGUAGAGAGAGAGAGAGAGAGAGAGAGAGAGAGAGAGAGAGGGAGAGAGACAAACAUUUGGAGGGAAGAUUGGGGAACGUGAAGGUGUGUUUUGUUUUUUUCUCAAAGGGUUAAAAUCUGAAGAACUCAGAUACGAGGAGGAGACGGGUGCGCUGUUGUCUGAGAGCUGUGGGUGGAGAUUAAAAGCGAGUAAUUGAAUGAAAGAUAUACACAAAAUGAAACAGGGUCAAGUGGGGUGUAAGAGAAAGCGAGUUUGUGUUUUAGGAGUCGGCCCUUAUGAGGAGGUGAAGAAUGAUCUACUGAGAGAGCAGACUACAGACGCCACUUUGGCCCUAAUGUCCCCUUCUUUAUAAUGAGUGUGGAGAGGCCAAGGUCAACAUGACCAAAUACCCUGAAAGACCAGUCCUCCUUCUACCUUAAUGCUUCUGCACAGAGCUAAAUGUUCCUUUAAAGAGGGUAAUUACUACGAUAAACACACAGUCUUCUUGGGUACACUUUUAACAAAGGUUGUCCCUUUGAAAAAAAUCUUGAAAGUCCUUAAAUGUGUGUUGUGGUCAAUGAUCCACUUCAUCUUGAAACCUGCAUCGUUCUGAUUUGCAGCAUAUUUUAAAUGUGUGGUCCUUUAAUUAAAUGUGUAUUUACUGCCAUCUUGUGGCAGAAAGGAGGAAGUUUAAAGUGAUACUCCAGCCAAAGAUCUAAAUUUAAAGCAUUAAAAAAAAAAAGUUGAAAAACACCUGUGGAAACUUUUCAAACCGUUGCCGCAUCAUUGUCCACUUCAUGUCUGUCCAUCCAUAUGUUUAGGAGUAUUUCUCAGUCAGUCUAAGAUCAGUUAAUCUUUACUAAAAAGAUAGAUACCAAAAUAUUUUAGGAGGAGUAUCACUUUAAGAAGCACCAAAAGGUUUGUCUCAUGAGUGUGCACAGUGAGUGCAUGCCUACAUUUAUUGCAUUAAUAUUUAAAUUAGGACUUUUACUUAUUUGAGUAUUUUUAAAAUGAAUCUUUAAAGGGUGAAGCUACCUCUAAUUUUCUCAAAAUACUCAGCCAUUGCCGCCAUGCAUCACACCUUUGAUUCAAUGUGAAGUGGUGAGCUGUUCGGGGAAUCAGAUAUUAAAUUUCAAAUCUUUUCCAUAUGCUGUCGGCUUCUUUCUCAGUGCUCACAGGUUCCCUUUUGUAUGUUAACACUUUUCUAUUGUCAUCUUUUUAAUUGUCCACUCAUGAUUUGUAUGUCAUAGAUCUGUUGUGAGAGCUAUUUUUCUAAGCUAAUGCCCGGUGUGUGAGUAGCUCAGCUCCUGUUUCUACUGUCUGUAUACAACCAUACAAAAAGCCUGCAUGUAGCAUGCAGCACCAGGAGACUGAAACCAGCCUCCGUGGUUACUUUAUGACUGACAUGUGAGCAAAAUGGUCACUGUACAAACUUUCUGCAAUCUUUUUAACACACUUUAGAUGUUCACUUGGUCUCUCUCUGUUGAUGGAUGACAAGUUGAUAACUAUUUAAAAUGUUUUUACUGUCUUGCUUCUCAAAUUGUCAGCCUUUGUCUAAUCUAAGUUCCAAUUUAACUGAAGAUCCAGGAUCUGAUGUGCAAGAAGGUGCCCAGUUUUGCCACAGGAUGAAUAAAUGUAUCACCUGGGCUGCUGUCUGUAUAUAAAAUAAACUGUGUGAAACUUUUUUAACCUCUGACCUGCCCAUAUUGUGGGAUGACUGGAUGAGCAGGUUGUGUGUGCUGAGGCUAUGCGGCCGACGCUGUCCUCCCUCCUCCGCUCUCUGUCCACCUCCCCUCUCCUCCUGGGUCAGAAGAAAACAGCCAUGGAAAGACAUGUAUGAACUCUUAUUCUUAUCUGUCUUUACUUUACUUUUAUUUUUCCAUUCUCUCGUUUCUAAAUGUGAUGUGGUUGUUUUAAAGUGAACAUCAAUAUAAUAUCAAAAUAAACACUUUUCCCCCCUUUC